AAGAGAUGACAGCCACGCCUCUCCAGUAGUGUCUCCCUCGAUGACGUCUCCCCAGGAGUUCCGAGAGAGCAUAAGCUUUGGCUUCUGCAUUCUCCCCCCUGGGCUGACAACACAUGUGUUAGCCUCCCGGGGCCAAAAUGACGAGGCAGAUGCAGGGGAGGAUGGAUGAUGAGUCAGGACUCAGGCGACUUGGCCUUAUCACUUCCAGCCUGUGGCCCCGACAAGAUACAGGGCUCCCUGUGAAUGUCAGUGUUCUGCAUCCGCAGGUGGAGAUGAGUGCUUCCCCUGGAGAGACAGCUGCAUGAGGCCUCACGCUGGAACCGGGUGGGGAGGAUGAAGGAGCUGUUUGAGAAGAGGGUUAACGUCAGGGCUGGAAACCAUGUGGGGAGAGUGGCCCUGCACUGGGCUGCAGGAGCUGGGCACGAGCAGGCUGUACGGCUGCUCCUGGAGCACGGGGCCGCUGUGGACGACGCAGACUCGUUUGGGAUGAAUGCGCUUCUCCUGUCUGCCUGGUUCGGCCACUUGCAGAUUGUGCAGAUCCUGGUCAAUGCUGGGGCCAAGGUUCACUGUGAGAGCAAGGAGGGCCUGACCCUACUGCACUGUGCGGCUCAGAAAGGCCACGUGCCUGUGCUAGCCUUUGUCAUGGAAGACCUGGAGGACGUGGCCUUGGACCGUGCAGACAAGCUGGGAAGAACAGCAUUUCACAGAGCUGCUGAGCACGGACAUCUGGACGCUGUGGACUUCCUCGUGGGCUCUGGCUGUGACCACGGUGUCAAAGACAAGGAGGGGAACAGCGCCCUGCACCUGGCUGCCAGCCGGGGCCACGUGGCGGUGCUCCGGAGGCUUGUGGACAUUGGGCUGGACCUGGAAGAGCAGAACGCGGAGGGUCUGACUGCUUUGCAUGCAGCCGCCGAAGGAUCCCACGCCGACUGCGUGAAGCUCCUCAUCGGUGCUGGGAGCAACGUGAAUGCCCUCACCCAGAAAAGGUGGAGCUGCCUCCACUAUGCAGCCGUUGGUGGCUCUGAGGAUGUGUCUUGGGCACUUAUCAAGGCAGGAGGGUGCACAGACGUGGCUGACAAGCAGGGCAUCACUCCUAUGCACCUCGCUGUGAAGCACAACUUCCCUGGCCUGGUCCAGCUUCUCAUAGACGCCCACAGUGAUCUGGAUGCCGUGGACACUAGGCAGCAGACUCCACUCCACCUCGCCUCCGAGCAUGCCUGGCAGGAUGUAGCAGAGAUGCUCCUUGUUGCCGGAGCUGACUUAAGCCUGAGGGAUAAGCAAGGAAAGACCGCCCUGGCGGUGGCUGCCCGUGGCAACCAUGUCAGCCUGGUGGACAUGCUCAUAAAAGCUGACCGCUUCUACAGAUGGGAGAAGGAGCACCCUCCCUGCAGGGGUGCCAGCAGCCCCUCGAGGAAGAACCUGACCUUUAAGCAAGACCAUGGGCAGGAAACACAGCAGUUGCGCUCCGUGCUUUGGCGGCUGGCCUCCCAGGAUCUGAGGCCCAGCGAGUGGAAGAGACUGGCCUAUUCCUGGGAGUUCACCGAGGCUCAUGUCUGUGCCAUCGAGCAACAGUGGACAGGAACCCGGAGCUACCAGGAGCACGGUCACCGGAUGCUGCUCAUCUGGCUGCACGGUGUGACCACGGCUGGGAAGAACCCCGGCAAGGCGCUGUUUGAGGGUCUCACGGCCAUCGGCAGGAGAGGCCUGGCUGAACGUGCCAGGAAGAUGGCAAAUGGGGAGCCCCAGGCCCCCAGGUGCACAGCCAUGUGAGCUGCCGGAACGCCGAGGGACCACCGACACAGAAGGGGAUAUCCAUGAAAGCUGUCAAAGCAGACCCCGCACACAGACCUCAGCCGCGUCAGCUACAGGAAACACGCUUUUCGGAGGAUGGGCCGCAGUCUAGGUUUUCUGGGUGAUCCUGUCCCAGGAAUGUGGCCCUUUAUAGCUCUCAGCUUGCUGUGUUUGUGAGGGUGGAAUGUGUUCAUUACAAGCAUGUGGGGGCCAGAGGGCACUUGGCAGGGUUUUCCUCCGUAGGCACUGUCCAUUUUGUGUUUUUUGUUUUGUUUUGUUUUGAGACAGUCUCUCUCUCUAUUCCUAGCAGUCCUUGUUGUUUCAAGACAGGGCCUGUCCUAGAUCUAACUAGACUGGCUGGCCAGUGAGCCCAGUGACCCUCCUGUCUUGCCUCCCUAGUCCUGGGCUUACAAGCAUGUCCACCAUGCCCUGGUUUUCAUGUGGGUUCUGAGUGUCAAGCUCAGGUCCUCAUGUUGCAUGGCAAAUGUUGUACCUGCAGAGCUGUUUCCCCAGGCCUCUAGUUAACUUUCACUUCCAUUAUCUUAGAACAUCAUGAGGUGCAAGGGAUGUUUUUACUGCGAGGACACUGGGGUCCAGGGAGGAGGAGCAGCUUGCUCAGGUCAUACCACAAACCCAGUGCUGUCAAACCAGCAGUCCUCCCUGCAGGGAGGGCUUCAUUUGUUCACUGGACGGUCCUUAACUUCAGGACAACUCACUGAUCUCUAGUGCCACACACGCAGAAGCCGCCGUGCUGUUUAUAUUAGUAAACCUGCAUACAUUUGUGAGUCCGUUUGUGUAUGCUGGCUGACCAGGAGCCAGGCCCUCCCCUGUUCUUCCCUCCGAGUGGGUAUCUGGGUUUGUGCUUUGUAUGUUUUUGAUCUUUUGUGUCUAGAAAUGAUUUCAGACUUACAAAACUCACAAAGUAGUACUGAGAGUGUUCAAGGGUUCUGCACGCAGGUCUCUAAAUAUCAACUCUUACCUAAAGGCAGUGUGGAUUUUUAAAGCCAGGAAGUCAGAGGCUGGAGAGAUGGCUCAGUGGUUGAGGGUGCUCCUUGCAGAGGACCUGCGUUCAGCAGCACCCGUGUGCAGCUCACAGCUGUCUGUAACUCCGACUGUAGGUGAUCUGGCACCCUCUUCUGGCCUCAGUGUCACUGCCUGUAUGUGGUGUGUGUGCGUGCGCGCCCGUACGCGCUCAUCCAUGUGUUCAGCCAAACACUCAUACACAUAAAAUCUUUUUUUAAAAAUUAGGAAAUUAACAGUGUUUACAAACUAUUCAUUAAUUUCAGACCAUACUCAAAUUUUGUCAGUGUUUUCUCACCUCCUGGAUUAAUAUCUGGUCCAGGAUCACAGAUCAUGUUUUUUUAAAAACAAUAUAAAUGCCUUAUUUAACAGUUACAGCUCAUCCCAUGGGUCAAGAGGUGGCCCAGCAGGACCCAGCAGCAAGGCUAGCACAUCCUCCUAGCUUCUUUUUCUGACACCCUCUCAGGCGGGGGGGGGGGGGGGGGGGGGGAGGGAGGUGUUGAUGGUUCGGGAACUCGCUCUGUGGAUCUGGCUGGUCUUGAACUCACAGAGAUCUGCCAGCCUCUGCCUGCCGAGCACUAAGAUUAAGGAAGGCCUGUACCGCUACCACCUGGCCGACUUUAAUCCAGUUCUAACUACUGAAAAACAGCAGUGGCCGAGCGUGUGUGCUGUAAUCCCAGCACUCAGGGAGGCAGAGGCAGAGGCAGGCGGAGCUCUGAGUUCAAGGCCAGCCUGGUCUACAAAGCCAGUCCAGGACAGCUACACAGGGAAACCCUGUCUCGAAACACCUCCCCACCUUCGCACCCCCACAAAAAAAAAAAAAAAAAAGGAAAGAAAAAAAUCAGCGGCGCCAGCAGCAUUCCCAGGACCUGAGGGCAGGAGAGAGGAAAGAUAUAACUGGAGGGUGGUGGGAUUCUAGUCAGACUCCCAGAAGGAGUGACGUCUGGACCCAGAGCUCUUCAGACACUGUCCAGGAGGAACUGGGGAUAAGGACGCAGGGGUAGGUACGAGAGAAGAAGGGACCCCUGUGCAUUGUGCUAGAGAUGAGCAGCCCCCACUAGGGGCUGCCUACUCAGUGACAGAGGAGUGCUCAGACCAGGCAGAGUUAGCAAGGCAGCGGAGGGGACAAUGGGACAAAGUAGUCACAAAAAACAAAAGCAUUUUCUCCCUAGAGAAGGUGUCACACAUGGCUGGGUGCAGUCGAAAGGUCUUGAGCUAGGAAAACCAGCUGGCCAAGGGCCUAAGAAGUCUCACUAAAGACUCUUAAUAAGAUGGCAGGUUGUUGGGACUCUGCAGCCCCAAGGAAGCAAGGACAGGCCUUUUUGUUUGAGGUGGGUCAGAUAUGGGUGUUCCCUCAGACCGUGCGGCCCUGUGAUCCUUUCUUGAUGGGUGGGCGCUGGUUGGUGGUGGGAGCUGGAUUACAGAGGGCUGUAUAGUGAGGCGUUGCUCAGGGUCCUGCGAUAUGGUUGUGGUGUUGCUGAAACUUUAAUUAAUUUAUUUUUUAAUUUUCGAAUAGCUCACAGUCUGCUGCUUUAGACCCAGCUGGUGCCCCUCGCUCUGGCUGGCCCACCUCACUUGCUCCCCAUUGCCUGACAGGGCACCCCCAGCCCCCACAGUCAGCCUGCAGGACUCAGGCUGUGGCCCUGAGGUCCGGGUGUGCAGCUCAGCGUACUAGCCAACCUGCAGCAGCUGACACUGAGGCAAGGAGCCUACCCAGCAUGCACUGGGCGAUACUCUGCUUCAGUCAGGACUGUCUCCCUGUGCAGCCCAGCUUCGUCCUGCCGCAGUUCCAGGGUGCUGCGGUUACAGGGGUCACCAGCACACAUGGCUUGAGGUCCCUUAUCACACAGUACUUCCAGUCUUCUGUGUUUUAUUUUUUUCCCCAAACAAACCAACUGAUUAUCUUCUGGAGAUUGUUACUAUGAAAUCUGGUUUGUCUGCAUCGUGGAGUGGUACACAACAGUGAAAAAGAGCCUGAGGAUAAGGACUGCUGUGGAAAGAACUUUAAGAUCAAUUCAGCGAAGAAAAUUGAUAGACAGACCCAUGUGUAAACUGCUUGCUGCCUGUGGAAUGGAAGUGUAUUUUCAUGUGUAUAUGUUUCUACAAAUAAAAGCUAGAUGAAGGCCCAGAAA